UUUUCCACAACUUGCCUUGUAAACCUAGAAGGAAACUUGAUUAAGCUCUGGUUUUCCGAUGAUGGAGAAAUUCUUACCGGUUGGACGAUUUGAUGAUUUUCGCUGCAGUGGUGACUCAAUUCUCCUUCUUUCUGGCCCUCCCUCAUCAGGGAAGACCUCUUUAGCUUUCCAAUUCGCAAUUAAUUCUGCAAUUGCUGGUGACCGUAAUGUUGUCUUCAUUUGCAACCGUCGGAAGUUGGAGAGUAAACCCCCCUAUUUAGCUCAGGGAAUUGAUCCGUGUUCUGAUGUUAUUAACCGUAUUCAGAUGAAGUAUAUAGACGACGAGGAAGGAAUUAAGAAAUACUUUGCUGCAUUUCAUAUGCAUGAUCCUUCUCCAGUUUCAGUUAUUAUUGAUGAUUUUGCUGAUUUUUUUGAUCAAGGGUACUUACUUCAUUUCUUGUCAAUCCCGAAACAAUGUGUCAGUAUCAGUUUUAUGUCUAAAUCUUUUUUCAGAAACUGCCAAGAGAGAUACAAUAAUACUCGAGGAAGGGAUUUGGCGAUGGUUCGAGUAUUAGCCUUAUGUCAUAAUGCGAUUAUGUAUGCUAAUGAAAAGGGGCCAUGUCAGCUUCUACUCUCCGAUACUCAUAAUGGUGACUCUCCAAGGUUGCUAUACCUUUACAAGAGAUGGGUCUCUUCAAUCUACACAAUCAAAGGGGAUGGCUUUGGAUCAUAUCUUAUUAGGAGUUUGGGUGUUGCCAAAUCUGCAACAACUAAACUUGCAAAAUACUCCAUAGCUCUUCAGUAUUUGGUUUAUGAAGGUAUUACAGAAGAUGAAGAGCAAUCAGAUGAAUGAGUAUUUUCUCUCAUAGAGGGAUUUGGCUUCGUCUGGAAAGAUACCAAACACAAGUAGCAUAUAAUAUGGUUUAGUUCAAGCAUAAACCUGGGAAAAGCUAGUGCUGGAAUAAGAAACCCGAAGUAGAUGAUAAGCUGCCUUACGAGGUCAUGGAACUAUUAGUCAGCUCUUUGAGCUUCAUGUGCUCCCCGUAGCUACUCUGUUAUGUGAACGUGGGGAAAUUCUUUGGGUCGAAAUGGAGCUUGGGUGAUUGAGCAAAGAUCUUGGAUGGUAUCAUUAGCAAGAACAUACUCACUGUAAAUCUGGUAUCAGAUUAUGAGGAGUCACAAUCAAAAGAGAACCAGGAUCAUUGUUCCUGGCCAAGAAACAUAUAUUGGAGGAAUAAGGGGAAGAAUAUGACCACUUUUCUGUAAGUCUAUGUAUCCAAAAUCCUACUACGAAUGAAAAUGAUUCUUUUUCUUUCUGUAGAAAUAGAGAAUUAUUGAAGAGGAAGAAGUUGAUUAAAAAGUUCAUCUAGCAAUGUGUGUAUGCAGUUGACAUUAAGUUGCUUUCUGCGCAUGAAUAAUAGUAAUUCAACGCUC